AUGUUCGGUCCAUUCAAAGCAACAAGCCCCACAUUAGGUGGUCUACUAUGGAAGAUUCCAUGGAGGUUGUCCGCUCCACAGAAGGCUCGUCAAAGGGAAAGGCUAAGACAUGUGGACGAUGUCAUUAAGCAGAUUACCAUGGGGUUGCAUGUCAUGAGGUGUGAGAAGAAGGGCAUAAGUUUUGAAGAUGCUAUGAAGAUGAAAGGGAAGCAGUUAUAUAAACCCAGAACCAUGUCCCUUCGAUUGUUUAAUAAAAGCAGUUUCUUCCCCAAGGAGAAUCAAAUGUCCAGUAAGGAUAAAUAUACUGUCUUUGACAGGAAGGAGAAGGGAUACAGAAAGGGUAUUCACAAGGUUCCUAAAUGGACUAAAGUAUCAAUGCGUAAUAAUCCAAAAUUCUUCUAA